AUGUGAAUGGAUAACCAGUUCCCUCCCAGGAAAGUUCCAAAUUUUUGUUCCUUCCGCUACGGAUUAUCUCUCCUCUUGCAUUUCUGCAAUGUCAUAAUAACCGCACAUCACAUGUGUCUGAGCCUCACAAUGGUAGCCAUGGUGAACAGCACAGACGCUCAUGGUUUGGCCAACACCACCACAGAGGAACACCUGGAUCACAAUAAGAACCCCGUGUAUAACUGGAACCCCCAAAUCCAGGGCUUCAUCUUCAGUUCCAUCUUCUAUGGUGCACUCAUCACCCAAAUUCCUGCUGGAUACUUGUCUGAAAAAUACUCCAUCAGGAAAAUUAUUGGCUUUGCAUUCUUCCUCAGCUCUCUGCUUAGCCUGUUAAUGCCGAUGGCAGCUGAAGGUGGAGAAGCUUUCCUCCUGGCAUGCUGGGUAGCCCAGGGAGCAGCCCAGGGGUCGGUAUCCAUAGCUCAGCAUGUCAUGUGGGUCAAGUGGGCUCCUCCCUUGGAACAAGGCCUACUCACCUCCCUGAGUCUAUCAGGAGUUCUGCUGGGGUCCUUCAUUGUUCUGCUUGUGACUGGAUUCAUAUGCCAAUCCCUGGGCUGGCCCAUGGCCUUCUACAUUUUUGGUGCUUGUGGCUGUGCCCUAAGUCUUCUCUAGUUUGUUCUGUUCUAUGACGACCCAAAGGACCACCUGUGUAUAAGCAUCAGUGAGAAGGAAUACAUCUUGUCCUCCCUCAGCCAGCAGGUCAGCUCAAGGACACAGUCUCUGCCAGUCAAAGCUAUGAUUAAGUCUCUCCCAGUCUGGGCCAUUGCUUUAGGUUCCUUUGCUUUUCACUGGUCAAAUAAUAUCAUAGUUUUGUACACUCCAACAUUUAUCAACUCCAAGCUUCGUGUGAAUAUAAAAGAAAACGGGCUGCUGUCAGCCCUCCCCUCUUUGUUUGCCUGGAGCUUUGGUAUCCUAAUAGGUCACCUGACAGACUUCUUCCUGUCCAGGAAUAUUCUCCGCUUAGUUACCAUACGGAAACUCUUCAACACACUAGGACUUCUCCUGCCUCCCUUCUUCAGCGUGUGCCUGCUCUACUGGAGUUUCAGCUUCUUUAGCAUUACCAUCUUCCUGAUACUUGCCAGUUCAACAGGAGCCUUCUGUAUGGCCGGAGUACUCAUAAAUGGCUUGGAUAUUGCUCCCAGUUAUUACGGAUUUCUUAAAGGAGUUACAACUUUAAUUGGGAUGAUAGGAGGACUAACUUCUUCUACUCUGUGUGGCGUGAUCCUUAAUCAGGAUUCAGAAUCUGCCUGGUUUAAAAUUUUCUUCCUGAUGGCAGUCAUUAACGUUAUAUGCCUACUUUUUUGUCUCAUAUUUGGAAAAGCAGAAAUUCAGGACUGGGCUGAAGAUAGACAAGAACACACACGCCUCUGA